AUGAUAACCGACACUCCCUUCGAGCCCUUCGAGAAAAUUUCCAUCGAUACCGUUGGACCACUUCCGAUGACCAGAAGUGGAAAUGUCCAUAUCCUGACGAUCCAGGAUAACUUUUCGAAAGCCGUAACUGCGAUCCCAAUACCUGAUAUCCGAUCGACAACAGUGGCUGAAGCCCUUGUUGAUCGAUAUAUGUGUUAUUACGGGUGCCCGAGAGUUAUCCUCUCAGACAAAGAUAAGUAUCCGAACUGGGAUCGAUAUGUGGGUUUUGCUGCGUUGAGUUACAAUAUCAAUGCGCAUACUUCUACCAAAUUCACUCCAUUUGAGUUGAUGUUUGAUCGAAGAGCUCGGUUGCCAACCCAAUUCCCCGAUUAUUCCAGAAUCGAAACUUAUUCUGAUUAUCUCGCUGACCUUAUGGGAAGAUUAUCGGAAGUUAGAGAAGUCGCUGCUGAUUGUCUCAAUAAGGCAAAACAAGAUUCCAAAAUUCGUUAUGAUCGACACAUACAUGCCAGAACCUUUAAAGUUGGUGAUUUCAUUUAUGUUUUAAAAGAGCCAAGGAAGAAUAAACUCGAUGUUUAUUACACCGGGCCUUAUGAAAUUGUCGAAAUUAACGAAUUUGGGAGUCUUAUUUACCUGAAUGACAAAGGGAACCAAAAAUUGGUCAACCGUAAUAAGGCUAAACCUUCUUUCGAUCAAAAGGCUAAACCUUUAGAAAGUUCUCUGUUUCAGAUCCAAGGAAAUAAUUUACCACCAUGA